ACGCUGCAGUCGGGACGACGAAACCCAAGGAAGCUAGAGCUAGCCGGCUCCCUGGGCCGUCGGUCCUCAGCGCGGACGUCGUCUCGGGCCACUGCUGGCGAGCUCCGAUAACGAACGGCUGCGGCAGACAGUGGGAAAGCAGUCUGGCUCCCGAAGUCCACCCCUUGCACCCCAAGGUCCAGAUGGCAGCCAACGUGGGUGAUCAGCGCAGUGCAGAUUGGUCCUCACAGUACAGCAUGGUGGCCGGGGCCAGCAGAGAGAAUGGAAUGGAGGCGCCCAUGCACGAGAACCCGGAGUGGGAGAAGGCCCGGCAGGCCUUGGCCAGCAUCAGCAAGGCCGGCGCCGCGGGCAGCUCCACCAAGGCCAGCAGCAAUGGGCCGGCGGCCAAUGCCCAGUACGUGUCCCAGGCCGAGGCCCUGCAGCAGCAGCAGUACUACCAGUGGUACCAGCAGUACAACUACGCCUACCCCUACAGCUACUACUACCCCGUGCAGAGCAUGUACCAGGGCUACAGCUCAACCUCCCAGUACGGCAUGACCAGCUCCUACAGCUCAGCCGCCCCACAGCAGCCGGCCACUCCGCAGCACCAGGGUGCACUCAGCCAGCCCCCUGUGCCCAGCAUGGAUGAGGGCAUGUCCUACCAGGCACCCCCCCAGCAGUUACCAGCCCAGCCCCCUCAGCCAUCUAACACCCAGCAUGGGGCCCACCUGAGCAGUGGCCCCCAGCCAGGGACAGUGCCAGCCACGCAGCACGGCCAGGCGGGGGCGCCGUCAGGCCAGGCCUAUGGACAGCACAGCUACCCGGAGCCCGCCAAGCCCAAGAAGGGCCAGCAGCUGUGGGGCCGCAUGAAGCCUGCUCCCGGGACCGGCGGUCUCAAGUUCAACAUUCAGAAGCGGCCCUUUGCUGUGACCAACCAGAACUUCAACGCCAGCUCAGAGGGGCAGCAUGGCAGCUUUGGCCCCCAGCCCAGUGCCGAGAAGGCCCCGAGUCACAGCGGGACUGCCCCCCGGGAAAGCCUGUCAGGGAAGCCGGACGAUUGGCCGCAGGACAUGAAGGAGUAUGUGGAGCGCUGCUUCACAGCCUGCGAGUCGGAGGAGGACAAGGACCGCACCGAGAAGCUGCUGAAGGAAGUGCUGCAGGCGCGCCUGCAGGACGGCUCGGCCUACACCAUCGACUGGAGCCGCGAACCGCUGCCUGGGCUGAACCGGGAGACCGUGGCUGAGAGCCCCAAGAAGAAGCGGUGGGAGGCCCCCGGCAGCCUUCACCCUCCCCGGGGGGCAGGCUCAGCGAGCAGGGGUGGGGGUGCCCAGGCACAGCGGGGGACACCUGGGGCGGGGAGCGCCAGCCGAGCCCGCGGCAGCUUCGCCAAGUUCGGCAACCGCAACGUGUUCAUGAAAGACCACCACAGCUCCUCUUCUAGCACUGGGUCCCGCUCCCGCUCCUCUUCCCGCUCCCCCACGCACCACUUCCGCCGGAGCGACUCCCACUCGGACUCAGACAGCUCCUACUCGGGGAAUGAAUGCCACCCUGUGGGCCGGAGGAACCAGCCGAAGGGCCGGGGCGGCCGGGGCGCUCAUAUGGAUCGGGGCCGGGGCCGGCCGCCUCGGGGGAAGAGGCAAGACCUUGCUAAUACCAAGCGGGGCCGCAAGAAGAUGGCAGCCCUGGAGUGCGAGGACCCAGAGCGUGAGCUGAAGAAGCAGAAGAGGGCGGCGCGUUUCCAGCAUGGCCACGCCCGCCGCCUGCGCCUAGAGCCGCUGGUGCUGCAGAUGAGCAAUCUAGAGAGCGGCGGUGCCGACCCCGACUGGCAGGAGCUGCAGAUCGUUGGCACCUGCCCCGAGAUCACCAAGCACUACCUGCGGCUCACCUGUACGCCCGACCCCUCCACCGUGCGCCCAGUCGCCGUGUUGAAGAAGUCGCUGGCCAUGGUCAAGUCGCAUUGGAAGGAGAAGCAGGACUAUGCAUUCGCUUGUGAGCAGAUGAAGUCCAUCCGCCAGGACCUGACGGUCCAGGGCGUCCGAACAGAAUUCACGGUAGAGGUUUAUGAGACGCAUGCCCGCAUCGCCCUGGAGAAGGGGGACCAUGAGGAGUUCAACCAGUGUCAGACACAGCUCAAGUCUCUGUAUGCCGAGAACCUGCCGGGGAAUGUGGGCGAAUUCACUGCCUACCGGAUCCUCUACUACAUCUUCACCAAGAACUCGGGUGACAUAACCACGGAGCUGGCGUACCUGACUCGGGAGCUGAAGGCUGACCCGUGCGUGUCCCACGCCUUGGCGCUGCGGGCGGCCUGGGCUCUGGGCAACUACCACCGCUUCUUUCGGCUCUACUGCCGUGCGCCCUGCAUGUCUGGCUACCUGGUGGACAAGUUUGCAGACCGGGAGCGCAAGGCGGCCCUCAAGGCCAUGAUCAAAACGUAUGUGAGGCCGCGUGUGCCCCCGCCGCCCCUCCUCGUCUCCUUCCACUCCACUCUCAGGCCUGUGGGCGGGCGUCUCUGGCCCACCAGCCUCUCCCCCACACCCUUGUGGCUGCUCUCCAAGCUCCCCUGCCAGCCCCACUCUGUUUGUCUGCCCCUCUGUCCACCAGCCUCCCUGCUCCUGGCAUCUCAGCCGGGACUUGGUGUCUUCCUCCUGCUGGGGGCUCUUGGCUUCCUCUGAGCUCCCACUGUCACCACCUUCCCUGCCUCUGUCGUUUGCCUCCACACACACGCAGGCAUGCACGGAACGGCACUCGUGCUCGGCUGCGCUGGCCCAAGGGAGCAGAUCCCCUUCCUCUCUGACUUAGCCAUGUGUACUCUGAGAACUGGGGUGUGUGUGGGGGAGGUGCUCACAGGUUGUGUCCCUUGUCAGUCAGGGGGCCAGGUAGCCUGCAAGAUCGCUGGGUAUGACUGGAGUCCUUUCGGUGGUUAGAGCCAAGAGGGUGCUUGUGGCAGCCCAGGCAGCCGUGCAGGUCAGACAGUGCCCUUGCCCAUUGUUGGGCCUCAGCGCCCGUUGGCUCAGACGGAGGGACUUUGACUUUGUGGCUAGCAAGUCCAGGGGCCCUUGAGUGCUAGCCUGGCACCUUGGCCUUUCCGGGGGGCAGGGCUGGGGUAGAGCUGGCCAGGUGGGCCCAGGGAGAAGGCCAGGAGGCACAGUGGGUACCUUGAAGAUGACAGUGCCAUCUGCCCUGGGAGUGACGAGUGGGGCAGAAGCCACCAGUUAGACGUGUUGCAGGGGCUGCCCAUGUCCCCUGCCCUCAGGCCUGGGAGCCCUGUCCUGCAGCUGCCCUCCCCUUGUGAGGGCAGUGUACUGUCACCUGGCCCAGGGAGGGGGGGCCCACUGGGGACUUGUGGUGCUGGCUAGGCCUCCCUGCUGACGGGUCUUUGCGUGGGGCAGGCGUGCGGUCCCUCGGAGCCCCCAGCAAGGCCCCAGGGAGCACUGGGUGUUGUAGUCAGUAGUCUGCUGCAGUGCCGGUGGGUCCCCAGGGUAGCCCUCAGCUGUGCCGGCUCCCAGGCCGUUGUGCCCUGUCCCCUGCACAGGUAAGUGGGGAUGAGGGGGGGCACAGCUGGGGAUUGGGGCCACCAGGCCCUCCCCAGGGCCCCCCAAGUCCCUGAGGGGGGAGGUUGGCAGAGGUGUGGGGGGGCAGUUUAAUUAAAUGUUGCCUUGGAGGCCCUCUGGGUGCCUGACCGAAGGGGUGGGGUGUCCACCUUGCCGUGGCGCCCUCCCCACCCACCUUGCCACCUGCCUCACAUUCUCUCCUCUUGUCUCCCUAGCUUCCGCCCAGUGCUGCCCGUCUCCUACCUGCAGGCCGAGCUGGCUUUUGAGGGCGAGGCCGCCUGCCGGGCCUUCCUCGAGUCGCUGGGCCUG